CAUGAUUUUGAUCGAAUCUGGCUUUCCUACUGACUGUGGGAUUCCCAGAUGUUUCUCGCUGAUAAAUGUGUCGUGUGUGAAUUUCCCGGAUUUCACCGUCAAUACACUUUUAGAACGUGAUAAAAUCCUUGCCAGUAAUUUUGCACAAAAACAAUUACAAAAUGAGCAAAACUCCGGUGUCCAUUCUUCAAGAGAUGAUGGUAAAAAAAUGUACCAUACCAAAUUAUGAGCUUAUCUAUAAUGGAGGCGGGUCACACGAGAACACUUUUACCUAUCAAGUCACGUGUGACGGUCUGUCUGCAACUGGAAUGGGACGUUGUAAAAAAGAUGCAAAACACGAAGCUGCGAAAGCAAUGCUUGAAACUAUUGCUAAAGUGAAUGGUUAUCCUCAACUGCCGGCAUCCCCGGCUCAGUCACCGAAGCAUAGUUCUUCAACAACAGAGGCUCCAACUAUACCACAAACAUCGCCGAAUGUGGCAUUCAUCAACGCAAUAGGAACAUUGCAGGAACUAUGUGCAGAUAACAAUUUGCAAGAACCUCGCUAUGAGAGUGUUAGCGACGUUGGGCCGCCUCAUGCAAGAGUUUUCACAAUUCACUGUAUUGUUUCAACUUUUGUAGAACAAGGCAUUGCGACUACUAAGAGACAGGCAAAACACGAAGCAGCUAAAAAGAUGAUGGAUCGUAUCACGGAUGUAGUGGCUGGGAAAAUGCGAGACAUUAGCAUCUAUAUGAAAAACGACAAUUCUAAGUAUGAUGAUGAAAUGGAUAAUGUCGCAAAAUCCCAGUAUCCCGAAUUGACCAAAUUGCCGGUUAUAAAAAAGCCUAAUUUGGGAGUGAAAAUAUCGGAGUACCAUACAAAAAUGAAGAAUACCUUAGAAAAUGGUGUUAGGCAAGAGGCAAUCGGAAAGCUUGUCAAUCUGAUCAACGACGCUAAGUUAAAGUCUGAUACCCAGUCGUCGUAUGAAACAAUAUGUUUAAAGUUUAGAGAAAUAUUAUUACCUCUAAACAUUGAAAUGAACGAAAUUCGCCUAAACACUACGAAUGGUGCUGGUUACAUUGCGGCCUUAAGCCUGGAUACAAGUCCAGCGAUAAUAGAAAUGAACUAUGGAGAUAAAGAAGUAAUCACAAAAAUGGGAGCCAUUAUUAAAGCAGCUACUACCCUGCAUAUGUUGCUUCUGUAAAUUCAAAUUACUGGCUGUAGAAACGGUGGUCGAACGUUGAUUAUCACACUAUGCAAAAAGAUUCAUUGGAUGAAAUAAAUGUACAGUUACAAGCUGCAACAUGAGAAUCAAUGAAGUAUUGAAUC